GCUCAAUAAGCAAACAUUUGAUGUCAGAUCAAAAAUUCAAAAUAGUUGGAUGAAGAAAGUUGGCUGAAUUGUUUUCUGGGCUUUUCUCUUUUGCAAUAAAGUUCCAUUCUUUAUUGUCUAUGUGAUUAAAUGGAUGCUAUGGCAAUAAGUUCUGCGCCCAUUUCUGUUGAUUCUAUAAAAGAAACAUGGAUGCAGACAUUCAUUUUGUCGUUUCAGAGCCUUGGUGUAAUAUAUGGCCGCUUGAGCACGGCUCCCCUGUAUGUAUUCGAAACAAUUGACGCAGGGGACAUUUCAUCGCCAGAAGAGAUACACGAACUCUUCUCGUUUAUUUUCUGGACCCUCACCCUCAUUCCCUUGCUGAAGUAUUCUUUCAUCGUAUUGAAGGCCGAUGACGAUGGAGAAGGUGGUCCAUUUUCGUUAUAUUCAUUGCUCUGUAGGCAUGCUAAAGUGGGGUUGAUUCCAUCCAAUAGCGGAUCGAGCAAGAUGUUGUAUCAUGAAGAAGACGAGAUCUCUUCAUCACCAUCCCAAGGCAAACCAGAAAACAAAGCUAGAAAGGCUAUAGAGAAAUAUAAAAGCUGUCACUAUUUGCUGUUAUUCCUUGCUCUGCUCGGUGCUUGCAUGAUAUUAAGUGAUGCAGUUCUUCGACCAUCAAUUUCUGUGUUAUCAGCAACGUCUGGUCUUGGACGUUCAUUGGCGGAAAUAUCACAAGUUUUCUAUUCAGACCAUAGGAAGGACCAUGUGGCCAAUGUCUUUCAGAAAUAUUUGCCAGCUCCUGUGGCAUGUGCCAUAUUGGUUGGCCUUUUCACGUUACAGCAUCACGGAACGAAGAGAAUUGGGUGCUUUUUUGCCCCAAUCAUCAUCACAUGGCUUCUCUUCAUCAGCGGGUCCGGCCUCUAUAACAUUAUUCAUUACGAUGCCCAGAUCCUCCGUGCUGUCUCCCCAGUGUACAUGCUAAGGUUCUUGAGGAAAUUUAAUCUCCGACACGGGAAACUCCUAAGCAGCACUGUCUUAUGCAUUGCAGGGUCAGAGGCGAUGUUUGCUGAUCUAGGCCACUUUUCCAAGAAAUCUAUCAAGAUAACGUUCAUCUGCUUCGUAUAUCCUGUCCUUUUGUUAACAUAUGCUGGACAAGCUGCAUAUAUCUCGAAGAAUCUUCAUGGUGAUGGUGCAUUUCAUCUAAGUGAAUCUAUACCUAAUAAGGAUCUUGAGCAUAUAUUUGCUGUGUUGUCGCUGUUUGCUUCGGCUGUCGGAAGCCAAGCUACCAUUACAGCCGGAUUCUCCAUCAUACACCAGUGUCAGGCGCUAGAUUGUUUCCCCAGAGUGAAAGUUGUUCACACGUCGAAUAAAAUCUCUGGGCAAGUCUAUGUUCCCGACGCAAACUGGCUGUUUAUGGUUUUGAGCAUAGCAUUCACCAUUGGCUUGCAUGAUACAUCAAAGCUUGCAAAAGCAACAGGAUUGUCUGUUACUACGUGCUUGUUGGUAACGACUUGCUUGAUGUCGCUCGUGAUUGCUCUGUACUGGGAGAAGCAUCUGUUUGCAUCAGUAUAUUUUCUGCUCUUCUUUGGCUCCGUUGAGGCGAUAUAUCUUACGUCAACAUUGACGAGUUUCUUUCAUGGCGCGUGGUGCUUGUUCAUCCUAUUUGUAUUCUUUAUAACGAUCAUGGCCGCCUGGCACUACGGCACUCUCAAGAAGUAUGAAUCCGAUGUAGAGAACAAGGUAUCGAUCGAGUGGCUAACGGAUUACAGUCCUAGCCUCGGUGUUUCCAGGGUGCCGGGUAUUGGCUUCGUCUACUCCGAUGUCGACACGGGAAUCCCUGCCUUCUUCACUCAUUUCAUCUCAAAUAUUGCUGCAUUUCAUCAAGUUGUGGUGUUUGUGACCUUCAAGGCUUCUCCCGUGCCGUACGUCCACGAGAGCAGGCGGUAUCUCAUAGGCCGAGUCGGCCCGAAAGAGUACAAAAUGUACCGCUGCAUAGUGCGAUACGGAUACCACGACAACGUCAGGGACACGGAUGACUUCGAGGACGAUAUAAUCCACUCGAUCGGAGAGUUCAUCGUGAGGGAGGAAUACGACCACGAAGCAUUAAAUUCGCCAGAAGGUAGGAUGAUCGUUCUUGGUACCCUGUCAAACGACGGGAACGUUCUGAUCACCGACACAGAUAUGAGCUCGAGUGAAUGCUCUUCGACCGUGGGAGUAGGCGAGUCUCGACGUGGUCUUCUGGAUGCUCCAUCGAGCAGCGGGAACAGGAAGCGGGUUCGAUUCAUGCUUCCCCCGGAGAGCCCUAAAAUUCGAAUGUCGGUUUCGCAGGAGCUAGGGGAAAUGCUCGACGCUCGGGAAAACGGGACGACAUAUUUCUUGGGGCAGUCCCAUUUGAUGGCGAGGCAGGGCUCAAAUUUGUUCAAGAGGCUGCUGGUAAUGACUUAUGUUUUUCUUGGUAAGAACUGUAGGGAGCCUCCAGUUGCACUCAACAUUCCUAAUGCUGCUCUUUUGGAAGUUGGAACAGUUUAUAAAAUAUGAUACUCUUGUAAUCUUGUUUUCUCGAAAUCCGCAUGGGCUGGGGCCGACCGACUCCACCACCAGUCCAUGACGGUCGAAACCUCCAUUUUGUGAAGCUGUCACGGGCCUCACUGUGCGGCAGCUUUGCCCUAAUCCUUCGGGAUUGGGGUUCACUUACCGCCUCUGACUUCUGAUGCCGUUGGCGACAUUCUUUACUAUAUCUGAUCCGAGUUCUAUUUCUUGGAUCCACAACCAACUUGUUUUCAUGUAACAACUUAUCUAAAUAAAGUACAAUUAGGAUUUCUAA